AUCUAGACUUAAAGUCUUUGAAGAAUGUCUGCAGUGGGCCUAAGUCAGUCCUUCCCAGCGCUGGAAAAGCAAGGGCCUGCAAAGUUCUCCUUGAUGGUCCCCCAGCCUGCCAAGAGUGAUGGGAUUUGCCGACCCAUGCCAUGAGAGAGUCGGUAUGGAAUUAAAUUAAGGCUGCUCCGUACCCUUUUCUCCGGGGCAGAAGUUAGAACACUCUGCCUGCUCCAGUCAGCUCAUUUGAAGAGCCAGUCAUCACGCCAUUUGCCUUGGAAAGACCUCAGGAAGGAGCGGUAAUCACUGCGGUAGCACUCAGUGCUGGAGUGGAGAGGGGGCUGUCAGCUAUUCCAAUGUUUCCUGUUCUGCGGUCCAGACUGUCCUAAUGACUUUCUUGUCCUCUUAAGCGUGACCACAAUUCCCUGGGGUGACGAACUUCCCCGUUAACUCAGUCUGCCCUCUUCCCCUCCUCGACCUUUGCCAUCUAUUGACUAGGAGCCGUUUGUUAUUAUAGUGCUGUGUUAGGGAAAAUGCCGUGACACAGAUGAUCGGGCGUCAAGGACGUUUCUAAUUCCACCGGUCUGGAUAGGCAAUCACGCUGCAGGGGCGACCCUAACUGCUCUUUCCAAGCUCAGUAGCCUGUUACCCUUUGCUGAGGCAGAGCUGACAGCUCGGCUGCGACUGGUCCCAAGGCCAGGCGAGCCCUGGGCUUAGCUCCGCCCCGCUCGGCCUGGGUGGCAGCGGUGGUCCAGGUCCCCGGCUCUCGGCCCUGUGUGCAGCAGGCGCGCGCGUGUCUCCGCGUGUCUGCUCGCGUGUGCACCCGUGCGUGUGAGUGAGAUGAGGUGGAGUCCUACGCCUGGGUGUUUCCUUCCAAGUGAUCCUGACCAGCGAUCCGUUAGGGGAUCAUGAGGGAAAAAAUUCUGGCUAAAAGGAUGAAAACUGAGUAAGUACACAGAACUUUGAACUUGAAACAGAAUGAGACCCAACGCAAGCAAAACCCCGACAGUAACCACACACAUUCAAACUGCUAUUCCCUUCUUAGGUUAAAAGCCGUGAAUGCUAGCAGCAAAGGAGCAAUUUAAAAACUGAACGAAAGGGAGCAGUUCAGAAACAUGAAAGGCUGAGAGUAGGGCGGCUUUAAAACGGGAGGGAAAAGGAGAAACUGCUAGGGCAACCUGGCCCGCGCCCAGCUGUGCAACAGGCACUUCGCAUUUAAUCUGCUGCGUCUUCAGGGCUGUUUGCAGACUCCAGGUCCGCUUUACUGUGCUUUCUCUUUGCCCCAAAGCCGAGACAAGCUGAACUCUUGAGUUCGUGUUGUGGAAAUAAGACACUACCGGAAGGAACUCUUGGCAGCUGGGGAUGCAUUCGGAUGAUUUCUUACGACUAUCAUGAUUUUGACAUCUUAAAAAUAAAAUAAGCAGGCCGAUCACUUUUUACUGUCCUUCGCAAAGGGCUCGUGUUAACCACCUCGGACUGCUGGGACCUGUGAAUCUUUGGCAUGAACCUUCGGAAAGUUCUCAAGUGGAGAUGGGGCGAACUUGAUUGGAGUUGUGCAAGAAGACAGAUGUGUACUUUUUUCAUGCUGACAACGUGGCCAGGGGCCAAGUGAAGCCGAACUGGUCAUGAUCUGUCGACCUGUGUUCCUUUGUCGCCGGCGAUUCUGCCCCAGACCUUUCCUGGUGGGUUUGGUGGUGGCAAUCUGUCUCUUUUACCAGACCCUGACACUCCGAGGGACUAAGAAGCUUGAGGUUCCUGGAACUGUCCCACACCCCCCCUCUCACACUCAGGCUAGCAGAUGUGAGAAAGGACACCCUCAGGACAAACGGUGCUUCCUUCUCUCGGCGAAUGCCCAGGAGAUCAGGAAGAUUGAAGAAUCUAUUGAGACACACUUUGGCAGUCGCAGCAGGAGGGCCAUCCUCUUCAGGCCCCUUUCGUACAGCAGAGCGGAGCUUCAGAUGCACCAGCACCUCCUUGGCCAGCAUGGCUACAGUGUUGGCACUGUUGAAGAAAGACCUGGUGCUGCCCUAGAUCUGGAGCUGUUGGACCAAGGUGAUUUGAACUCCUGGGAUCUGUUCAUUUGCCUGCCUUCCAGGGAAGCUGGUGGGAAACCUUGCUUGCCCAGAGAGCACAUGUGUCAGCUAAGUCUACAUCAGAAGAUAAAUGUAUUACCAGAAAUACAGCUUCAGCUUUGCAGGAAAGAAGGCUUGUGUCAAAUGAUCAGAAGAUUUCCAGAAUUGCGACUUCCAGUGAGUCCCUCUGUGUGCCUGGAUCAGGGGACGCAGUCACAGCUGAGUACUUCCAGUCACCUCUCAAAAGGAGCCAAGCCACAUGUGUGGGAACCAUGGGACUGGAAACGCGAACAGUUGAAUCAGACUACAGUCCUUGCUCCACAUGAAACAGUCUUCAGGGCAGAAGAGCUCUCUGUGAUUCUUAAAGCCUAUGUGCUGGUGACCUCCUUAAGGCCUUUACGUGCGUUCAUUCAUUCAACCGGAACUGUGUGGAGCCCACCAAAGAAGAAACGCUUCACUAUCAAGCUGCAGAUGUUUUUUGAGACAUUCCUGAGGACAAGUUCACCUCUGCAGGCACUGGAUAGCAUGAAAGAAGCAAUUAGCAAGCUCCUGCUGGUGGCUGAGGUGUUCAGUAAAGCAUCUACUCUGGGACCAAAGACCAUCCAUAGAUGUAGACAGUGUUUUCAGCUUUUAACUUUUGAUAUUGGUUAUGGAGAUUUGGGAAAUCCUGUAGUGCUCCAGGUACAUGAGCAUUUGAAAUUUCAAGAUGAUGAGAAGUUCAAUUUGGAGGACCAAAAUACAGAAAAAAUCCUCUUAAAGGAUACUUUUAACUUCCUCUUCUCCAACACAUCUUCCCUUUCUGUAUUUUCUGAGAUAAUGCAGAAGCUUUACAGAGCCAGCGUAUUUGAGGAUGGAAACUAUCACAAGGAGUUAAAUAAGUGCCUGUCUUUAGAGGAAAUUCACUCAAUUAGGACCUUUGUAAAGGAACUUGGGAGUCUGGGAGAAUUCCAACUGCUCUUCCCAUCUACUCUUCCUGGGAUUCAAUCUGUGAUGCGUGAAUUUUAUGAUAUGUCAACUCCUGGCUCAGUCAUGUCCCAAUACUGGUCUCUUUUAAAUGUAUUUGAACAAUUUUGGCCCAUGAAUAAAAAGGAGCAGCUACAUCCACUGGAAUGGAAUUCUUCCAAAAGAAAUGAGACCAUUCAGAAACCACAAGAGUCGUCAGAAGCAAUCAAAAGGAAAAAAGAGGAAGACACACUCUGCCGUAUCAAGAUCUCCACCUAUCCCCAUUUGGAGCUAAAUCCUGACUUUAAUCCGAAGAUCAAGGAUUAUUACUGUGAAGUGCCCUUUGAUGUGCUAACAGUGAGGAUUGGAGCAGAGACUUCGAAGUGCCAGUGCAAGGUGCACUUGCAAGAGCGGGCAGGACCGAGCUUUGCCAACUAUCCUCUGGGAUUAGGAAUGAACAGAAUUUCCAUGUUCGUGGUGGAUGAAUCUCCAGCAGAGGGUGACACAGUAACCACAUAUAAACUCACCAUCUACAGAGAAGACCGCCCAAGUCUGCCCUUCUUUGAGGAUUUCACAGCAUGCGGUUUUGUACAAGAUUGUGGUUUGUUGAUUAACCCAGAAGAAACCUGUGGGUUGCAGCCCAUUUCUUCAGACUACAUUGAAGCCAUUUCACAGCCUGAAAUAGAGAGUUGUCUAUCUGGGGACACUAAAGGCCAGUGGAUUGUGCCUUGCCUUAGUUGUUCAGACAACAGGACUUGUGACUGGAGAGAAAUAACCUGGCAGCCACACAACUGCCACCAUGACAUCCUAACCAAGUCAGAACUUCAGCAGUGCCUGCAAGGAAGGAAGAUCCUUUUCAUCGGCGAUUCCACCAACAGAGGAAUGAUGUACUAUCUCAUUGAAAGACUGAACGAAACGCUGCAGGAGUGGCAGAAGGUGCAUGGAACUAGACUCUACCCCAGUGUCAACGGGGGGAAGACUUUGAUCAGUUACUCCUACUACCCCCAGUUCUGGAUAAGCCCUUCACUGCGACCAACCUUUGAGAAAGCACUUGAACAUCUCCUGCGAAGAUCACAUCCCCUAGAGAAUACUGACCAGACAGUAUUGGUUGUUGGUGGUGUUCAGUGGCUUAAUUCCAAUCACCUGCAAAUUAUUCACAAGGUUUUAAAGAGGGCAAAUUUGCUUAAUAUCCUGGUGAUCAUCAAAACUUUGGGGAUUGGAUUUCACCUGCCAGUGGAUGGGGUGCAUUUCCUAACACAGAGUGAAGUACAAAACCUACAUAAAGAAAAUCUGAGCAUUCUGGAAGCUGCCAAAAAAUAUGGCUAUGAAGUAGUAGACACAUUCACCAUCACAAUGGGACGACACAAAGAAUUUCUGCAGGGCAAUUGUGGAUGUCAUUUCCAUGAGGUAGUGAAAUCAAAGUUAUCCAGAGAGCACCAUGUCAUCAAGAUGAAAAGAUCUGAGAACCACAUUGUGGGGAAAUACUUCAGCAGUCAAAACAACCUACAGAGACAAAAUUCUGUCCUAAAUGUUCAUUCACCAUAUCAUGUCAGAGGUCCAAUAAAUCAGGUUUGUUCUGAAAUCCUGCUCAGCAGGAUGUGUGCAAGGCAGAGGUCUGCGCAGGCUCCCUGAAGGAGAGCUGAGUUCAGAGUUCGAGAUAAGCCAUUCACCUGGACAAUGGUCUGACAACCAAACGUGCCUCACACAUGCUUUGCAGUGGUUGCACACUCACCAGCACAAGCAGGCACACCAGAGCACGCAGCUUACAAAAGAGCAACGACAUGUGCUUCUUACAAUUGUGAUCUUGAGCAUCCAUCCAUUGGCUUCAGACCGAAGGACAGAACUAUGAGGAGAUCUUUUGAAAUGUGAUCACAAACUACGACCAUGUGGACCAGAUAUUGCAUUGCAAUGAUAAACAAAAAUAUAGAAAUGUAACAAUAUGAGGCUAGAGUAAUGCCGUUCCUGUGCUGUGGUCUCCACAGGCACACUACAAGUGACGAGGAAGCAAUUACAUUCCAACUAGAAGGAGGGAUAACACUUAAGUUCUUUACCAGGAGAAAACGGGGUAUUUACGGUGGUUUGAGCUUUGCGGAUCUAAUGCUUAUGAAAAACAUUUCUUCUUACACUUUUAAAAGUUCAUAACGGAAGGGAAAGAACAAGAGUGAUGCUCUACAGAGGAAUUCAAAGAGAUGCUCUGCAAGUGAUAAGAAGUGAUACUGUAUUCAACUCCCGCACUCCUGUGAGUUCCACAAACAUCCCUCCACCCCAAACUGUGAGCUUGGAUGCAGAACGCAGUCUAAAUUGACGAUAUACAUAAUUUUAAACUGCGGAACAAAAUAAAGCUCCCCAAGUGUUACUUUGUUGUGUUUAUGGAUGCUAUUGCUGAAGAAGCUUUCACUUGCCCCUACAGAUGUAUCUCAUUAAGACAACGGUUACAUUUCAGAUAUUUUUGCAAAGGAUUGCAGAAUCUCAAAUGUAUAAGCAUAAAGAAUUUUCUAUGUAUCCACAAAUAGUACUAUGUGACUAGUAUCUGUACUUUUAUUUGAACGAAUGUGUUUAAUUCAAAUUAGAGUAGGCAUACAAAUAUUUUUUAUGAAAAUUGUGGCAUAAGUAGGAAACAUACCUAAUUCUAGCAUUGAAAACUUUCACUUCUGUCUUUUUAAAUACAGAAUGGCAAAUUGCCUUAUUAUACAAACUCCUUGUUGUGAGAUAAUAUCUCACUGCUAUGGUAAGUUUUAAAGGAUGAUUUGGGGGUGAGAAGAAGUUGAGAGGCCUAACUCAGCAUGUAGCUAAGAUCACUAAGUGUACAAAUACCUCAAGUUCAUUGCCAUAAAAAAGAAACUAUUUUGUUCUAUUGACCCAUCAAUUAUUUAGAUUGAAUAUCCACCUUCUUCAAAUACUCUAUUUUUAUAUCUAUUUUUAUAAGAACAUAAACAUGAAUUUAUAUUUAACUGUAUUAAAUUAUAUUUAAGUAUGACUAUCAUUUGACAUAAACAACAUAUGCAUCUAGAAAUACUUUUUUUUGAACAACGGUACCAAAUUAACUUAAAAAUGAAAUAGUUUGUAUACAUGCAUCUAUAUACAAACACUGUUUUUAGAUGUUCAGUUAUUUUUGAUGGUAUGAAAUGUUCGCAAUUGAUGCAGCUGCUCCAUCAAAUUUUAAUGCAUUGCACCUUCCACAACAGUAUUACAGCUAAUGCUAGCUUUUUGUAACUCACUAUAAGUGUCGAUGUAAAACCCUCUCUCUGACUUGAGUUAGUCUGGCAUUUUCCUCUUCGCCAUUGAACAAUACUAGAUGUUAGAAACAAUUGUAGUGUAUUCUCAAUAAAUGUCUAACUGGUAAUCAUC